UGAAAAGUUCCUCAGGAGGCUCCAGCAGUCAGCAUUAACUGAUUUAUUGAUGGAGCUGCAACUCCAGAAAAAACGGACAGAUGAGUAUAAAAAGAGCCGAAUAAGAAAAUAGUUGGAAAACAAGAAGAAAUUAAAAGGUAUAAGGAAAAAAAUAGAGGGACAGAGUUAAAGAAUCUAAAUGAGUUGUAUAAAUAAAUAAAACAACACUCUAGAGUCUGAGAUUAGACAACUUCACGGAGCAGCCUUGUCUGCUGAGGUUGGUGUGCCACGGAGGCCUAGAGGUGCCGGCACGGGGCCGCUGUGGCCGUACAUGGCCGAGUGCUCCGGGAGCGAGGAGUCUCUCUGGGAAUGCGGGCGCUCGGAAGAGCGCGAGUGCGGGCGCGGCGUCGGGGCAGGGGCCGUGUGCUCAGGUCAGUGGCGGGCAGCCCCAGAGCAGGGUCCGGCAGAGGCCGCGGGGGGUUGGUGGCCGUGCCGUGACCCCGCUGCCCCCCUUGCAGAGCAGAUCUCCGUGCGGCUGGCAGGCGGCCGUGGGCGCUGCCGUGGCUCCCUGGAGGUGUCCUAUAACGGCACCUGGGGCCGCGUGUGCUCCAACGGCACCAGCACCGGCACCGCCGGCACCGUGUGCCGCCAGCUGGGCUGUGGGGAGCGGGGCUGGCUGUCGGCCGACACUGCCCAGCAGCCGUCCCGUGCCUGGCUGGCCUGGGUGGGCUGCGAGGACGGGGCUCACUCACUCUGGGAGUGCCCCUCGGCUCCCUGGCACCUGCAGAGCUGCGGCAUUGGCGGGCAGGUCCACGUGGAAUGUGAGGAGGACAGCGAUGGCAGCACUGGGACAGACACUACCCCACGUCCUGUGGGUGCCACCAGCACAGGUGUUCCCAGGAGAAGCACUCGAGUACCGGCCGUGGGGACGGUGUCUGUGUCAACUGUGCUGUGCGUGGUGCUGGGGACGCUGCUGUGCCUGGCCCUGGGUGCCCUGGCCGUGCUGCUGUGCCGUGCCCGUGCCUGGCGCAGAGGCCGUGGCAGAGCUGCAGAUGCCAUCUCCAAUGGUGUCUAUGAGGAGCUGGACUACACGGCCAUGCCGGAGUACCAGGAGGUGCCCAGUCGCCCAGGUGGAAUCUCCUCCCUUCCAAGUGCCUCAGGACCCAGCAGGUACCACUAGGAGAAUCCCCCGGGGCGCACGGACUGUGAUGAUGUUGGCAGCAACGCCCUGGAGACGGAGCCAUGAGGAUCCCCUGGUCAUGCUCGUUCCUGGGGACACGUGUGUGGCAGUGUGGGGAUCCCUGUCCUCAGGGAGGGGUGGCCCUGCCCACAGA